CGGUACCUCUCCGCUGCGGAACUGCUUGGUGCUUGGGGAUUGCGACGCAAGACAAUAUAUACUUCUCCCUGUACCCUACCCUAAUUUUCUAAUUUUCUCCCAAUCCGGGCAUAUACCAGCUCCUGCCAACGCCACAAUGUCGUCCUCAAACCCCCACCGCGACGAACCCGAGGACGAUGCCGAGAUCGAGAUGCUCGCCGAGGACGACGUCCACGAGAUGGUUGAGGAUGCCGAUGACGACGGUGAUAUGGCCAUGGGCUCCGACGAGGAGGGAGAGGAGAUACUCCUGCAAAAUGACAGCAUUGCCUACUUCGACGGCCACAAAGACUCGGUCUUUGCCAUCGCCCAACAUCCGCUCUAUCCGAACGUGAUCGCCACAGGCGGCUCCGAGGGCGACGCCGAUGAUGCCCCAGGAAAGGGCUACGUGAUCGACACCUCGGCCGCCGCCUCUCGUCCGGUCCUCCCACCGAGCUACAACUCCGACCCCGAUGCCCCACAAACGACCGAGCUGCAGCCGCUCUUCGCUAUCGAUGGCCACACCGACAGCAUCAACGCGCUGACCUUUACUCUGCCGCGCGGUGAAUUCCUCGUUAGCGGCGGCAUGGACGGCCGUUUGCGCGUCUACGCAACCUCCGUCUCCCAGAGCUCCGCCCAGUUCAAGUUCCUCGCCGAGUCCCAAGAAACCGAAGAGAUCAACUGGCUCCUACCGUGCCCGUCGGCCGACUACCCAAACACCAUCGCCCUCGGCGCCUCCGACGGCUCCGUCUGGGUUCUGACCCUCGACGCCUCGGACCCGUCCAACCCGAUCCAGAUCGUCCAAUCCUACUUCCUACACACCGGGCCCUGCACUGCCGGCGCAUGGACGCCCGAUGGCCUUCUCCUGGCGACAGUCAGCGAGGACGCCUCUCUGCACGUCUUCGACGUCUGGGGCGCCGCCACCGCCAAGUCCCUCGUCACCGACAACGGCCAGACCGUCGUCUCCCUCACCGACGCCGACCAGCGCUUCGCCGUCGAAGGCGGCCUCUACUCCGUCGCCAUCUCCCCGUCAGGCGGGCUCCUCGCCGCAGGCGGCGCCGCCGGCGCCAUCCGCAUCGUCAGCCUCCCGCGCCUCUCCUCCCAGCAGCAGGGCCCCGCCCAACCGCAGCGAAACACCGAAAACCAAGCGGGCACGAUCCUCGCAGCCCUAGCCGCGCAGCAGGACGGCGUGGAAUCGCUGGCCUUCUCCCCCAACCCGGCCACCCCGCUGCUCGCGGCGGGUUCGGUCGACGGCAGCAUCGCCGUCUUUGACCCGUCCCGCUCCUUUGCCCUGCGCCGCCACCUCAAGGGCGCCCACGACGGCGAGUCGGUCGUGCGCGUCGACUUUGUGCGCGCCGCGCCGGCGGCCGCCGCAGCCGGCUGGCUGCUGACCUCGUGUGGACUGGACGGUGUGGUGCGCCGUUGGGACCUCAGGGGUGCUACGGCCAGUCAGGCGGCUGUGGCGGGGGCUGCGUCGUCGGGGCUGGUGAAGGAGUGGAAAGGCCACCGCGGUGGUGGGGACGGGGGUGGUGUGCUGGGGUUUGUGCAGGGGGAGACGGGGGAGAGGGUUGUGACGGCGGGGGAUGAUGGGGUUGUGUUGGUUUUUGAGGCGUAGAAUAAGGGUGGUCGGUAUAUACCUGGGCGA